AUUUAAUCUUGCCUGCCGAUACCACUGCAGUCCAUUACUGUGCUACUCACGCGAGCAGCCAACUGUUGACGGCCAUUUGUCUACAAGACCCGAGUCCACCAAGCCAGUUGACCUUUGUCUCCUGCAUCUACAGUCAGUCGCCAACAUGAUCACAAAGAUUGUCUUGUUCUGUCUAAUCGGUCUCACAUGUGGGUCAUUUCUCAACCGUGAGUAGUUGAAUUCAUGGGACCGUCUUUGCUAUGCUUAAUAAGUACUUGAAUUAGUGUGAGCUUCUUCUCGGUACUAUGCAAGUAGUUGAACCAGUGUGAUCAUCUGUGUUGUGCCAUGCAAGUAGUUGAACCAGUGUGAUCAUCUGUGCUGUGCCAUGCAAGUAGUUGAAUCAGUGUGAUCAUCUGUGUUGUGCCAUGCAAGUAGUUGAAUCAGUGUGAUCAUCUGUGUUGUGCAAUACAAGUCGUUGAACCAUUGUGAUCAUCUGUGUUGUGCCAUGCAAGUCGUUGAACCAGUGUGAUCAUCUGUGUUGUGCCAUGCAAGUCGUUAAACCAGUGUGAUCAUCUGUGUUGUGCCAUGCAAGUAGUUGAAUCAGUGUGAUCAUCUGUGUUGUGCCAUGCAAGUCGUUGAACCAGUGUGAUCAUCUGUGUUGUGCCAUGCAAGUCGUUGAAUCAGUGUGAUCAUCUGUGUUGUGCCAUGCAAGGCGUUGAACCAGUGUGAUCAUCUGUGUUGUGCCAUGCAAGUCGUUGAAUCAGUGUGAUCAUCUGUGUUGUGCCAUGCAAGUCGUUGAACCAGUGUGAUCAUCUGUGUUGUGCCAUGCAAGUCGUUGAAUCAGUGUGAUCAUCUGUGUUGUGCCAUGCAAGUCGUUGAAUCAGUGUGAUCAUCUGUGUUGUGCCAUGCAAGUCGUUGAAUCAGUGUGAUCAUCUGUGUUGUGCCAUGCAAGUAGUUGAAUCAGUGUGAUCAUCUGUGUUUUGCCAUGCAAGUAGUUGAACCAGUGUGAUCAUCUGUGUUGUGCCAUGCAAGUCGUUGAACCAGUGUGAUCAUCUGUGUUGUGCCAUGCAGGUCGUUGAACCAGUGUGAUCAUCUGUGUUGUGCCAUGCAAGUCGUUGAACCAGUGUGAUCAUCUGUGUUGUGCCAUGCAAGUAGUUGAAUCAGUGUGAUCAUCUGUGCUGUCCUGUAUUUCUUGUUGUAGUUAAGGUACGUUGCAACAAAUGUAUCGUACACUGUGUUUAGCCUGUGAACCCCUUCCUCCCCCCCCCCAAACGCCCGCCCAUUUUUGUACUGCGAUGUAACCUCUAAUGUCAUCAGUGAAGUAAAAUACAAGACCGAACUUUAAGUCUGACAAUCUCGCUGGCUGUUUUAAGAAAACUUCCGAAGUUAUUGUUGACUUUUCAUAAGUAGUUUUUAAAAGAAAAUUUUUGACUGUCACUCAACUUUGGGGGGGGGGGGCAAGACCGUGGUAUAAUCAACAGGUUGUACUGCAGGCCAAAACAAAAUAAAUAACUUGGCCAAAGGACAAACAUUUUCUUUAAAAAACGACCGUUACAUAUAGUGAUCAAUUAUUUUCUAAAUCAGACAUUCCGCUUCAACAGGGUAGACAUAAAUAUUUAUGGUGAACUAUGUGUCCGUUCACAGCCCGCCCCCCCCCCCAGGCAUAAAUCGGCUUCUGGUCAAAUCGAGACUGGUUGUGUCAUGCUUUAAACCCACCUUUGGCUAAACAUGGUCUCAUAAAAAUAGUUCAGUGAACUUGUUCAAAUAUCUGUUAAUGCGCAGAAACGAAAAGAAAGAUACGUUUUAUGGAGUUUAAACCCAAAGACAGACAAAGUUUUAUUGGAGUUGAAACACGAAGACAGACAUGACCACAGGUCAUGUCUUUAACAUUCCAUGUACAGGGAUUUUGUAAAAAUGCAAAAGUCUUAAUUUUUUUUUUUUUUGGGGGGGGGGGGAGGUUUGGAAAAAAAAAAGUCCCAUACCAUGAAGGGUUUAAAAUAUCUGUGUUGUGCCAUGCAGGUCGUUGAACCAGUGUGAUCAUCUGUGUUGUGCCAUGCAAGUCGUUGAAUCAGUGUGAUCAUCUGUGUUGUGCCAUGCAAGUCGUUGAACCAGUGUGAUCAUCUGUGCUGUGCCAUGCAAGUAGUUGAAUCAGUGUGAUCAUCUGUGUUGUGCCAUGCAAGUCGUUGAACCAGUGUGAUCAUCUGUGUUGUGCCAUGCAAGUCGUUGAACCAGUGUGAUCAUCUGUGUUUUGCCAUGCAAGUAGUUGAACCAGUGUGAUCAUCUGUGUUGUGCCAUGCAAGUAGUUGAACCAGUGUGAUCAUCUGUGUUGUGCCAUGCAAGUCGUUGAAUCAGUGUGAUCAUCUGUGUUGUGCCAUGCAAGUCAUUGAAUCAGUGUGAUCAUCUGUGCUGUGCUAUGCAAGUAGUUGAACCAGUGUGAUCAUCUGUGUUGUGCCAUGCAAGUCGUUGAAUCAGUGUGAUCAUCUGUGUUGUGCCAUGCAAGUCGUUGAAUCAGUGUGAUCAUCUGUGUUGUGCCAUGCAAGUCGUUGAAUCAGUGUGAUCAUCUGUGUUGUGCCAUGCAAGUAGUUGAAUCAGUGUGAUCAUCUGUGCUGUCCUGUAUUUCUUGUUGUAGUUAAGGUACGUUGCAACAAAUGUAUCGUACACUGUGUUUAGCCUGUGAACCCCUUCCUCCCCCCCCCCAAACGCCCGCCCAUUUUUGUACUGCGAUGUAACCUCUAAUGUCAUCAGUGAAGUAAAAUACAAGACCGAACUUUAAGUCUGACAAUCUCGCUGGCUGUUUUAAGAAAACUUCCGAAGUUAUUGUUGACUUUUCAUAAGUAGUUUUUAAAAGAAAAUUUUUGACUGUCACUCAACUUUGGGGGGGGGGGGCAAGACCGUGGUAUAAUCAACAGGUUGUACUGCAGGCCAAAACAAAAUAAAUAACUUGGCCAAAGGACAAACAUUUUCUUUAAAAAACGACCGUUACAUAUAGUGAUCAAUUAUUUUCUAAAUCAGACAUUCCGCUUCAACAGGGUAGACAUAAAUAUUUAUGGUGAACUAUGUGUCCGUUCACAGCCCGCCCCCCCCCCAGGCAUAAAUCGGCUUCUGGUCAAAUCGAGACUGGUUGUGUCAUGCUUUAAACCCACCUUUGGCUAAACAUGGUCUCAUAAAAAUAGUUCAGUGAACUUGUUCAAAUAUCUGUUAAUGCGCAGAAACGAAAAGAAAGAUACGUUUUAUGGAGUUUAAACCCAAAGACAGACAAAGUUUUAUUGGAGUUGAAACACGAAGACAGACAUGACCACAGGUCAUGUCUUUAACAUUCCAUGUACAGGGAUUUUGUAAAAAUGCAAAAGUCUUAAUUUUUUUUUUUUUGGGGGGGGGGGGGAGAUUCGACAUAAAAGAGUCCCAUACCAUGAAAGGUUUCAAAACAGUUGGCCUUGACUGCACAAUUUGACACGUCAUCGUGGUCUUCUUGUCACUCUUGGCACAUCCUGUUUGUGUUGCUGGGAAGGCCACAACAAUGUCUUUCAUGGUCGGAAAAUCCUGUAUGUGUUGAGUUAAACAAAAUAAUAUCCUUAAUGGUCGGCACGUCCUUUUUGUGCUGGGUUGGCCAAAAUAAUGUCCUUCAUGGAUGGCCCCAUGCCGUUUGUGUUGGGAAGGCCAAAAUAAUGGCCUCAUGGUCGGAACAUGCUGCUUGUUUUGGGUUGGCCAAAAUAGUUUCCUUCAAGUCAGCACAUCUAGUUUUGUGUUAGGCUAUACACAAUAAUGUCCUUCAUGGAUAGCACAUGCUGUUUGUGUUGGGUGGACCAAAACAAUGGCCUCAUGGUCGGAACAUGCUGCUUGUUUUGGGUUGGCCAAAAUAGUUUCCUUCAAGUCAGCACAUCUAGUUUUGUGUUAGGCUAUACACAAUAAUGUCCUUCAUGGAUGGCCCCAUGCCGUUUGUGUUGGGUGGACCAAAACAAUGGCCGUCAUGGUAGUCACUUUCUUUUUGUUUUGGUUUGGCCAAAAUAAUGCCCAUAAUGGUCGGCACAUCCUGUUUGUUUUGUGUUGACUAAAAUAAUGCCCUUCAUGGUGGAAGCGUCAUGUUGCCCAUGUUGCCCAUGCUCGGUUUUAGCUCUAAACGAAUCUCGUGGCAAAUGUUGAGAGUGCUUGUGAACAUAUCAAAUCACAUUUUCUGUAGUAACUUAGAAAAGAUCCAUUUGAUUUGUUUGAUAUACUGGCGUCAGUUAAUAAACGGAGGUGCAUUUGAAUUGAGCCACGGUUUUAACCAUUUAACCGGGGGGGGGGGCUGCAAAUAACAUAUUUUCAAUGCGGAUUUGAUAAGAUAUUUGCUAAUAUUUUCAUCCACCUGUCGGGCCCCUCCCAAUAACAGUAGCGAUACUCCACGUUAGAAUGGCUGUCAACACAUUACUAAAAAAAAAAUGUUAUGAAAUUAUGACUAAUCAGUAUGCUGGUAAUAUCAAGGACUCGAGUGGUCACAUCUUAAAUUCGGCUUUAAAAAGAAAAAAAAAUACUGCUGAGAACACCAUUCCUUGAAGCCACGUGUAGAAACCCUAGUAGAGGGCGUCUGUGCAGAAACCCUAGAAGGGCGUCUGUGCAGAAACCCUAGAAGGGCGUCUGUGCAGAAACCCUAGAAGGGCGUCUGUGCAAAAACCCUAGAAGGGCGUCUGUGCAGAAACCCUAGAAGGGCGUCUGUGCAGAAACCCUAGAAGGGUGUCUGUUGCCACCCCAGGAUGGGAGGGGGUCUUUAAUUGAUGUUAAGAUAUAUCGAUCCCAGCCCAUUUGAAGCUCUACUGCAGGGGCUGUUAGAGCAGCAUCACCAGAUGACCAGAUGUUGUGAGAGAAUCACCACCAGAUGAUCAGGUGCUGUGAGAGCAGCACCACCAGAUGACCAGGUGCUGUUAGAGCAGGACCACCAGAUGACCAGGUGCUGUAAGAGCAGCACCACCAAAUGACCAGAUGCUGUGAGAGAAUCACCACCAGAUGACCAGGUGCUGCGAAAUCAGCACCACCAGUAGACCAGGUACAGUAAGAGCAGCACCACCAGAUGACCAGGUGCUGUGAGAGCAGCACCACCAGAUGACCAGGUGCUGUGAGAGCAGCACCACUAGAUGACCAGGGGCUGUGAGAGCAGCACCACCAGAUGACCAGGUGAUGGGAGAGCAGCACCACCAGCCCACAAGGUCCUGUAAGAGCAGCACCGCCAGAUGACCAGGUGUUCCAGCAUUGAUGGCGCCCCACUCGUACAGUCAGUCGACUGGAAGAUGGGUUGGGCUGUCUCAGGGGCGGGAUGCCCCCGCCGUGCAGCCUCGCGGCCCGACACGAAUAACCUGGAUGGCCGAAUUCAGAUACUUAGGAUCUUCUAGUGUGUCUCUAUUAUCAACGUUUUGCUUUAGAUAUCCUAGUGUGUCUCCAUUGUCACAAGUGUUGCUUCAGAUCUCCUAGUGUGCCUCCAUUAUCACAAACUGGGCAUCAGUUUUAUCCUGGAAUUUCGGUCCAGAAACAUGGCAAAGCUCUUAGUUUCAGUUUUUAUCGUCAUGGCUAUCUCACUGAAUUUCAAAAAGUCUUCUAGUGGCAUGACUCACACACAGACACACACAAUCACUGGUAAUACUCAAUAUUCUUGCAUUUUCCUCCAUUUCAUCAGAAUAUCAUUUGUAGUAAGAAUUGUUCUCACUUUGAAGGCUAAAAUAAUGUGAAACUUCACGUGAAUAUCGCUGCAGUUUAAUUUCGUCAAUUGAUUGGGGCGCACAAAGACAGCUAAGUUUGUUCGGAGGGUGGCGCUGGGCAUUUGGUAGGCUGCGUUGUCAUUGGCAACGAAUCUGUGUUCCAAGUUUUUGCCCGAAAGUUUGACGGCGGGUGGGUCAGUUAGCUUUCCGAAGAUUUUGCCACUUUGGGUGGCGCUUGAGGGAUUGAAAUAACGUGUAUUUUGACCGUCGUGAGUUACUGGUUGCUACAGGAGGCCAGUCAACGAUCAAUCUCUUCUCUUGCAGGUGCCGUUUGUUCCUUUCAAAAAGAUACAGGACCUUGUAGAGCCAGUUUCCCAAAGUACUACUACAACCUUAAUACAAAAAAUUGUCAGCCGUUUAUCUACGGAGGAUGCAGUGGAAACGCAAACAGGUUUAAUACAGUGGAUAAGUGCAUGGCCGCCUGUUCUAUGUAAACUGCACUGACCUUCAAACAUUGUGAAGCUGGACAAUGUAUGACCAGUGCAGAAAUCUGUUGUUGACUGAUGGACUUAGAGAAGCUGUAUCUUUAGAGGAAGCUCAAUAAAAAAAACUCACACAAAAUAAG